CUGGAUUCUUUUUUAAAAAAAUCAGUAUCAUAUUCCUCGCUCUCUCCCUCCCGCAAGAACUCACUAGCCGCGCCCGCCGCCGUUGCCGCCGCGCUGUGAGUAUCUCUGUGCAUGUCUCUCUCUAAACUGCCCCCACCUCCGAACGACGUCAGUACCGCCAACUACCACACCGUCGCCACCGUCAUUCCCCGGAAAACCCCUCCGCCGCCAGCUGGUUGCGGAGGUUGGAUUCGAAAGCUUUGAAGGAGUUAGAGUCGCUGUCUAGUGGGAUUAAAGUUAACUUUUUGGGUUAUUCAAGUGUUUUUGAUGGAAUUGAAGUUUUGAUCAAACUUGUAAAUAUCAAAAUUUUCUUGAAAGAGUUUGAGCCAAGUAGAAGAAUUCAAGCUCAUGAAACACUUCUUUCUGAUAUGAUAGCAUAGAAAGUUGAAGAAUAUCCAUUGAAAUAUCAGGAUGGGGGAGAAAGUUAUCGCUGUUAAUGGUAAGGACAGGUCAAUUCCUAGAAAUCUUAAUGUGCAUAAGUUUGUAGAGCCUCGAGCAUCUGAGCUGGAAGCUCUGCAAUCCAUCAUUUUGAAUCGGAUGAGUAGUGGUACUUGUGAUCAAAGAUCAAGGAGGAGAAGAACUUCGUCUUAUUUAACUAAUGCUUCAAGGAAAAGGAAAAAUAAGAAAAUGAAAUUGGAUAGCACCAAUCUGAAUUUAGAGAAAGAUGAGAAGAAGGCUUCUCGAAAAAUACGUCGCAGAGCUGAGCUUAAAAUGAAUUGUGAAACUGGAUUUUCUACUUCUGGAGAUAGUACCAAAAGGCUCAGAACUCAUGUUUGGCAUGCUAAGCGUUUCACUAUGACUAAGCUUUGGGGUUUUCACCUUCCUCUGGGGUUGCAAGGCAGAGGUAGGGGUUCUAGAGCUCUUUUGAAAUGGUACAAUGAUGGAGUGCUUAUACAUGAUGCUAGUUAUUACGUUCCUAUCCAGUUGGAGGGUCCAGAGGACUCUUUGAUCUCAGCGCUAAGAAUGGUGUUGGUACCAUCCAUAUUAUCUCAUUCUCAAGACAUUUCCCAUGCAAUUAUUUCUGGUGACAUAUAUGGUAGAGCAAUUCUUCAUGAUGUCAGAGCUCCAGGUAUUAAUGCAAUUGCUCCUGUAACAUAUAUGUGGCGGCCGUGUCCUUGCCGAAAUAAGGAAUUCAAUGUUGAUCAUCGUAAUAGUAAUGUAUUUAAGAUAAUAGAUGGUGCAAACAUGUCUUAUAGUACACGCCAACUUUGGGUUUGGUUACAUGCUUCUACCUCUAGUGAAGGAUAUGAUGCUCUAAAAUUUGCUUGCCAAAAAGAGAUGGGAGAGAGAAAUAUCCCAAUUUACUGUACUUCAUUAGAAGGCCAGCUUGCAAAAUUGGAAGUGUUUGGCUCGAAUGCAUCCCAGCUACUUGAAAAUGUUUUGCAUCCUGUUUCACGUGCUUUACAGAAUCUUUGGCAGUUAAAGAAGCACCCCGUUGGGGGUUUGGAAGGUAAUUCUCAUUUGAAAAUAUUUUCCAAUCAUGAAAAUGAGAAUUACAUUCCAUCUCAUGGAAUUGCAUCCGUCACUUUUAAGGAUCCUCGAAUGCUACCAAAUGAAAAGAUUGCAGACGUUCAAGAUUCAACUUCAAUGCAGAAUCCUGUUGAUUCCUCAGCUACUUAUAAUAGAGAUCCAAAAAUUUCAAGAAGUAAUGGAAUCUUAUCAUCAUCUUUGUAUUCAAUAAUCAACGAAAGUGGAUUUUUACAUGAGAACAAGGAAUUGUGGGAUGCCAACAGUGGAAUGGGGGCCCCUGUGGAAGAAUCUAUUAUUUGUGCAACAAGACAUCAUAUGCGGAUGAAUCAUUUUUGCCUUGAUGAACCACCUGCAGAGAUGGUGAAAGAUCUGAGCUCAUUGAAAUGCUCGAGCUCUUGCCCCACAUUGCUUUUAAAUGAGAAUGAUGAAAGCAGUACUCUUAUAAGAUGGUCAAUCAUAUUGCCCAUAAGUUGGGUUAAGGCAUUUUGGAUCCCUCUAAUAUCUAGGGGUGCUCGUGCAAUCGGUUUGAGAGAGAGACACUGGAUUGCAUGUGAAGUAGGAUUGCCAUCAUUUCCUUGGGAUUUUCCUGAUUGUGCCGCUUACUCGCGAUUCAUGGCAAAAGAAGCUACGGCAGCUGAAUGUUCUACUUCUUCCUCUUCAAGAUCUUUAAAGGUACCCAUUCCACCCCCAUGGGAUAGUGUCAAGAUGACUCUUUGCAAGGGACCUGAUGGAGUGGGAAAAAAUGGAGCUUGUACUGAGAAGAAUAUGACUCACGCCCAUUCAUCAUCAAAUUUUUAUGAUGGAAAUUGUGAAACUGCAGUGGUUGGUGUUGAUGAUCAGAAAUUGUUUGACGGAAUUGUGGCUCGAACGUCCUCUUCAUUGUUCGAAUUUUUGAGUGAAAUAAAACUUGAACAUUUGCCUCUGUUUCCUCGAGAACGAGAUAAGAAGGCUAGAAUUCUUGAGUUUCUUAACAAAAGCACACUAGAUCGAUGCAAAAGUAGUAUCAACCAAAUUAGUUAUACCAGCAAAUCAUGUUUCCUUAGAGUUAUUCUCCGUGCUUAUAAAAAAGGUGCUUUUGAAGAGGGAGCUGUUAUUUGUGCUCCCAAGUCAGAUGAUCUAUCUUUAUGGACUUCAAGGUCAGUAGAUGAAGAAAGAGCACUCCAAAUUCCCGAAUCUGCUGUAAGGCACUACUUCAAACUCAAAGAGCAGUCACUCUCAGAGUGGGAACUACAACUACCAGAUGAUGAUGUUGCUAGGGAAUAUCACAGGUGGCCCAUUGGCUUCGUCACCACUGGAUUCGUCCAUGGAAGCAAGAAGCCUGUUGCAGAGGGUCUUUGUGAAGCAACCUUACUAGCUCGUCUUCGAGAGCAACAGUGGGACGGUAUGUUUGCAAAAAAGAAGGAACAAAUAUAUGUGCUUGUUAGGAACUUGAGAUCUUCAGCAUACCGAGUUGCUCUUGCUAUUGUUAUCCUUGAGCAGCAGGAAGAUGAUUUAGAAUUUAUGUAACUUAAAGAUCUCUAACUCAAGGCUACGAGAAGCCUGCAGUUUUCAACCUCAUGAUGUUUUGGUGGUUCAUUUUUUUAUAACUUAGUCUAGAAAUUAGUUCUCACUUGAUUUAUUUUCCAUCCUUUUGGCUAAUGUAUAAGCUUAUGAGAGAUCAUGCAGAAUGAGGCUAUAGUGAAAUAUCAUUUGUUUUGUAGGUUUUGAUAAGGACAUUAUGUAAUUUGGGACAAAUUUCAUUUUGUA